AUGACCUACCUAGUGGUUAAAGGAAAUGCUGUGGAUGUUGUCUACCUGGACCUUGGUAAAGCAUUUGACAUCUCCCAUGGAAUUCUCCUGGUGACAUUGGCUGCUCAGGGCUUGGACAGCUGUGAUGGAAAAGACGAAGAUGGAAAAGACGAAGAUGGAAAAGACGAAGAUGGAAAAGACGAAGAUGGAAAAGACGAAGAUGGAAAAGACGAAGAUGAUGGAAAAGACGAAGAUGAUGGAAAAGACGAAGAUGAUGGAAAAGACGAAGAUGAUGGAAAAGACGAAGAUGAUGGAAAAGACGAAGAUGAUGGAAAAGACGAAGAUGAUGGAAAAGACGAAGAUGAUGGAAAAGACGAAGAUGAUGGAAAAGACGAAGAUGAUGGAAAAGACGAAGAUGGAAAAGACAUUGCCUGCCUUUACAAUGGCAGGAGGUCCCUUCAGUUAAUUUUCCAGUACUGCAUCCACUGAAGUUUCAGCGUGCCUCUACGUUGAUGCCCUGAUGAGGCCUGAUAAGCAAGCUGGAAAAGAUAUCAAACAAUUAAUCUUAAUUUUUCUUGGAAUACAGAGCAGACAGCUUCAUAAAAAGAUAAUCUAUGGACUGCCUUUAUUUAUAACAAAGCAAUCCUACAGCCAAAUGAUGACCUGUACAGCCAAAGUAACAGGACACUGCAGCAGGAGCACUAGGAUGUGCAGUGCAUAGAAACUCCCCUUUAGGGAGAAAAUGCUACAGCUGCUAAAUCUUGAUGAAGAACAACCUACCUGUCCCCAGGUGCAGCAAACUGGGUUAUGUAUCAUCAGCCUGAAGUGUCACAUUAGAACUGAAUUAACCAGGGUCCUGGUCUCAGCCUUCCCACUCAUCUCAAGACAACGAGAGCACUGCUUCAUCCUUACACUUCAACAUUUCAUCUAAGUAUACAUAUAACAAAAUUUCCUUGCUCCUACCUUG